CCGUCCACACUGUUUUGUUAUUGUCUGCCAUGCUGACCCAUUCUUGCAGUUUUCGGAAGAAAAAAAAAUCGCAGACUAUCGUGUCACCGGUCGCCACCAUGCCGCCAGUCUCCCGUAAUUCCCAGAGUGAAAUAGUGUGUUUAUAAAUAUUAAUCACCCUGCUUCUUCCCUGCUGAUCUAAAAGUAAGUAAUUAUGCCUAAAACAACGACACCCCGCCGAACAACACGACAUGAGACGAGGCGUCCCGAGAAACCAGAGACACCGCCGGAGGGAGCCACAGCGACUUCCCCAAAGGAUAAGAGAGUUCUGAGAGAGAAGCGAACAGCGUCGAUAUAUGGCCGACCAGCAGCACCACCAGACUUACCGACACGCGAUAAACCGAAAACCGACACUGUGCAGCAGAUAAUCAACUCAACAAUCGCCGCAACAGUUUCAAGUAACAUCUUACCAUACACAUAUUUCAAUGCCAACCGAGUCGCCCACCGCGAGUUCAAUCGAAAAUUCCUGCAAAACUCAUUCGGUCUCGUGUGCCAUAUUUGCGAUCGUCUGUGGUUCAAGAACGACUUGACGAAACUCCCCUCUCACUUCAAAAGAUUGAUAGGCAUUGAGUUUCCGACAGCCGAUCCAGAUCGCAUGGUGGUCUGCAAGUACUGCACCAACGCCCUGAGUCGUAAUCACAUCCCCGCGUUCGCUAGAGUCAAUGGAUUCCAAUAUCCAAAUCGGCCGGAGUAUCUACCUCGGUUGGAUCCGAUAUCAGAGAGACUCAUUUCCCCUCGUAUACCCUUGAGAAAAAUCCAGAGACUGCGAUAUGCCAGUCACUUUGAGAAUUUAAUCCAGAUUAUCAAUAUUCCCGUCUCCGAAAAUAAUAUGGUUCACCACUUGCCGAGGAGAUUCGAUGAUGAUUACUGCACCUAUGUUGAUGUAGAGCGAAAAGAAAUUCGGAGGUCGAGUGAUUUCAUUGAGUCUGUUGACAAGCAAGACAUUAUGGGAUGGCUGCAAUACUUGGAGACGACUCCUCUUUACAAGACCAAUGACAUCACCAUCGACCUUUCCUUCUGCAACGAGAGGAAAUCUCAGCGUGAAGAUAGAGAGGUUGAGGUGAUUGAGCAUCUCCCGAAUAGAGAUGGCCUCAUAGCGCAGCAGCAUACGUUGAUAUGGAACGUAGAAAGAUACCUGAAGAGAGAUGACAGCGAAGGAGAGUCUCAUAAGCGGCUGUUCGACGGACACGCCGAGGAGCUCUCCUUUCCCUGCAUCUACCUCGGUCAACCCAGAGUUUUCAAACAGGGUCUGAAAGUCACGCCCUCUAUGAUAGUAUCAAGCGAGCUGACGCGUUCCGACCGUCGAGGUGUGACCCCCGAUCACCUCCUCUACAUGGCGAUGAAGAUCAUGAGAUUGAAUGUCCAUGAAACCCUCAACUCCACCUGCGUGAACCUGGAGGAGGAGUCGAACAUGAUCAGAAAGGAAAUCCUGUCUGAAGAGUCCUUCAGCGAUGCUCUGGGAAGCAACCUCGCUUUCCUGAGGUGCGUACCAAAUUCCAUUUGGUACUGGAAGGAACGGAAGCGAGAUCUGUUCGCUAUGAUGAGGACCCUUGGGAGACCCACGAUUUCAUUGACUGUUAGUGCCAACGAGAUCGGGUGGAUCCCCCUGCUGCAACUCUUGUACAAAUUGAAGAAUAAAGGGCAGGAGAUAUCGGAAGAGUCGGCUUCUAAGUUGAGUUACGUUGAGAAGUGUGCCUUGGUCAACGACGAUGUGGUGACGUGUCUUAUCUAUUUCAACAAGAUGGUGAAUGUAUUGAUCUCUCUCUUUCGGUCAGAAGAUGGCAACCCAUUUCGGCAAUAUCGCGUGGUUCAUCACUUCCAAAGGAUUGAGUUCCAGUAUCACCGGAGUCCUUGCGUGCAUAUUCUUAUGUGGGUGGAGAAUGCCCCGAAGGAUCCUCUUGGCGCGGAUAAGGAGGAUGCCAUCACCUUGAUCGAUCAACUUAUUUCAAUUUCGACUAAGGAAGCUUCGGGUCACAUUGAGCUUCAAGCUCACAAGCACACUUCUGCAUGCUAUAAGAAAGUAGCUGGAAAAAAGCAGAUCUGUCGAUUUGAAGCACCAUUCAUGCCAUGCCGAUCUACUACAAUUUUAGAACCCAUGGCCAGCGCAGAUCCCGAAUUCGCAAAGAAUGCCCGGCAUUAUCAGGAGAUCCGCGAGAAUCUGGAAAAUCAUGAUUACCCCGACAUAGACGCGUUUUAUGACGAUAAUGGAAUAGUUUCAGAUGAACAGUACAUGAAUAUACUUCGCGCUGGGAUCACUCGUCCAAGAGUUUUCCUGCAACGCGAACCCUCGGAGAAGUGGCACGAAGCCUUCAACCCCUUCAUUCUUAACGUUCUCCAGGGGCACAUCAACAUACAGUUCAUUCUGGACGAAGAUUCAUGUGCUGACUUCAUUGGUGAUUUCAUUCAUAAGACUGACAGGGGCAUCGGCGAGUUGCAACGCAAGAUCGUUGCAAUAAUAGAUGAACAUCCAGAGUUCAAGUUGAGCGAGAUCAUCAGGAGAUUGAGUGUUGAUGUGCUGAAUGCAGUUGAAAUAACGAGUCAAGAGGCUGCCUGGUACCUACUCAGGGAGCCUAUGUCGAAGAGCUCUUCGGUGGUAGUCCCUAUUCAAACCGUAUUACCCUCUGCACGACAAGCGAUAAGAAAGAAUUACGACGAGUUCGGGGAGUUAGCGUUGGCGGAGGAUACAGUCGAUUCCUGGAAAGAGAGCUGGUUCGCUAUGUACCAGAUGCGGCCGAAAGAGCUCGAAAACGUAACUCUUGCACAAUUUGUCGCCUACUAUACCCGCAACUUCAAUAAUACAGCGUACGUGAUGCGAAAAACUCCGCGAAUAAUCCGUUAUCAGAAUUACAGCAUGGAGACACAUCCCAACGACUAUAAACGCGAGAUGGUAACACUUCACAUACCUUUUCGCAACGAGGAGUCUGAAAUUAUCGCAGGUAUGAAAUUCCUGCAGCUGUAUGAAGCGAACGAAGAGUUGAUUCUCACACAUCAAAAGGAGUUCGAGGUAGACGUGAAUGUUCAGACGACCAUGAACGCAUGUUGUCCAUUAUGCCGGGAGGAGGAUGCUCUGGAAGACGAGAAUGAGGUGAAUUAUCUGGUCGCUAAGCAGACAGAAACUGAUCCAUUCCAAGACUUGGGCAAUCACAUAAAUCCAGAGACAAAUGAUCAGCUCGAAUUUAUGGAUGAGAAUGAGCCUAGUGACGCGCUUGAGAGUCAUGAGAAUUUGUUGGACGACGCAUCAUCCCACGAACCAGUGUUCAUAGUACCUGAGGAAACAGACGUACAUCCAAUGCACGGUUUGUUCACACUUCUGACUGGAAAUGACUCACCGUUCCAGAUGUUCCUUAGCGGUCCCGCGAAAUGCCGGAAAACCUUCAUCACCCGACUUUUGAUGGAAAUUUACAAUAGUCGUGCACAAGCUGGUAGCUCCUGCAAUGUCUGCAUCAAUCUUACGUCAGCUAACAAAGCCGGAGUGCUAGUGAAUCGGUCAAUCACGUACACUGCUUUGACAACGUCGCGUUCUAAGAUGCUCACCUUGGCCGUUAAAUCCUCGCGGCAUUAUGGCCAGCUAUUCGAGUAUGCUCAGGUAUUGAUAAUAGACGAAAUCGAUAAGAUUGAUGGGAACAUCCUGUCGCGGAUCGACGCUAGCCUGAGGCAGUUGACGGGCAAUUCCAGCCUUCAUUUCGGUGGAGUUGACAUCAUUUUGACUGGCGAAUUUUACCAACUGUCGCAGGCUGAGGCAGGGGUGAUUAAACUUCAAUGGAAUGACCUCAAGUUCCUAGAUACAAGCAAACUUAUGCGCCAAUCUAAUCGAAUGUUCAGGUUAGUCCUCACGAAAAUUGGGCGUAACAUACAUUUAGAAGAAUCCGAGCUGCAACUACUUGAAUCACGAUUUUUUUCGCGGAAAGAAGCCAAUCGACUUUUGCCUCACGGUGUUCGUCUCAUGUUGACGAAUGAUGCUGUCGAUGAGUAUAAUAAAGUCAUCCUUCGGCCGUCCAAAUAUAAGGUCGUUUCGAUCGCGAAGGACACUUAUACUUACAGUGACGGAACGGAAGAGGAACGAACGAUUCAUUCACUUCGUGACAGGCCAAUUGACCAAACCGCUGGUUUACCGUACGAAAUCAUAUUCGUGAUGAACAAGUCGUACAUGUUGACAAGCUCAGUUGAUGAAUUGGCUGGACUGUGCCCUGGCUCCCUUGGAAAACUAGUUUUCAUAGAAUAUGAUGAUGACGGUCAAGCGAAACGCGUUUGGUUGGAGUUCUACAAUAUGUCCAAAGUCGAUGUGAAAAUGACGCGAAAUGUCAAUUUGUACAUGCAAGCCAAUAAUAUCAGCGAGUUAGCGAUACCCGUGAAACGACAAACAUCAAGAAUCCCCCUGAAUGAUGACGAGACAGUUGUUGCUACACGGGAUCAAUUCCCGCUGAUUCCUGCUUGUGCCAUCACCAUCAACGAGUCUCAAGGGUCUCAUCUGAAUGAGAUGGUCUAUGAAUACAGUCGAACUCACUCGCAGCAGAUUCUGCAUAUGGCGUUGUUGCAAGUCUCCACAAUUUCCAAACUUUAUAUCGUUUCACCAAAUAAUGACCCGACAUUCUACCAUGGACGGAGAAAGCCAUCAUCGGAGACAAGUUCGCCGAAAGACAAACCAAUGGUGUUGGACAAAAGCAUCAUCGAUUUCAUUACCAGCCGAAGCGGACUCGCAGUCCUGUCCUUCAGCUGUCAGAGUCAGACCCCAGAAGACUCCAGCGCUGAGGUUGGACUGAAAUCGGAAAUUCUACUCCUUUCGGAGAUGAGUGCGGAGAAUGAGGAGACAUUGGUGAUGCCUGACUUCAACUGCAUGGCGCGGUUCAAGCGUUUUGGAGGGGUCAAUGGUCCAUCCUCUGUCUAUCGUAGUGAUGAUGAUAGAACGAAUGUCGUCACUGCUCAUAUGGAUGUGCAUUUACGUCGAAGCACUUGCUUAAUUGUGAAUUCUACAAAAGUUGGAGAAAUUUGUGCUGCUCGUUGUACUUUGGAGGAUAAUCAGACUGUCCUUACAGUAAUUAUGUAUGUAUCUGUGAAUCAAGAAGUCUCUCACAUCAUCACCUUCAUUAACGAGGUUCUGCUGGAAUACACAACCCAGGGAGCAGCUUUACUCGGAAACGAUUUAGAUAAAAUUCCGGUCAUCUUGAGCGGAGAUUUCAACAUCAAUUUUGACUCUCCAGAGGCACAAAAAUUGAUUGAAUUCUUAGAUACUGACUUCAAUUUGAAAUUGAAUCGCGAUCCAGCGAUGGCCAGUGCUAAGUCGGGUGCUACGAUUGACGCUGUUUUUUUCAGGUAUUUAGAGAAAUUACGAUCGACGAGUUAUGUAUCAUAUUUUAGGUAUGAUCGACCAGCAGUUAUGUAUGAGAAUUGCGGAGAUACGGACACUGUAGUUUAAUGCAAUUGUUAUUUAUUGCUUUGUGCCAUUUUUAUUGAUAACUCAUGUUAAAACGACUUGUAGAAUUACGUCAUGUAAAUACCAUUGCAGUGAGGAUAUGAAA